UAUCUUAUCUCCAACGCUCCUGCAUUACCUGCAUUAGUGAGGAUGAGUUAUUCCAACGAUCACAGUUUUUUUAUUCAAGCUUGUGACAACCAACAGUUUCAACCCAUCGCAUCAGAGUGUAAGAAGGAAUCAAAUUACCAAUUAUUAAGCUCUUUCAUCAGCGAUGCCGUCAACACUUCCCCGCAAUCAGUGAGCCCACACGGCCAUCCCCGGCAAUUCCCUCCGAUAAACAUCCUCUUUAGAGUCCUCUUAGAUUCCACGAAGAGGUAAUCAUUCAAAACUCUAGAAUCGUUUUCGCUAGAGGUGAUACACCUGUUUAAAAAUGGAGGAAGUAAUUAGCACAUGCGAGCCCCUGGUCGCACUCAUAGUCGGAGUGACAGGAAUGACCGGCGUGAGCCUAGCAGAAACUUUGAAAAGCCCUCAAGCCCCCGGAGGCCCAUGGAAGGUCUACGGCUCCGCUCUUCGUCCGAAACCCGCCUGGUUCUCAUCUUCCCUCCUCGACGAUUACAUCGCCUUCGACGCCACCAGCAACGAAGACACCGCCGCGAAGCUCGGCCCGAUAUCAGCCGAAGUGACUCACGUCUUCUGGGUCGCCAUCCAAGUCCGUGAGAACGAGGAAGCCAAUGUCCUAGCCAACGCUACCAUGUUGGCAAACGUUCUCACCGUACUCCAGUCGAACCCGUUAUCCAGGCUCAGCCACAUCACUCUCCAGACAGGCACGCAACACUACAUGGGACCGGUCCACGACCCGACGCACUCGGCCUUUCUUCUACCCCACGAACCGCCGUUUGUUGAAGACUCACCCCGUCUACCCUACCCGAAUUUCUAUUACGCUUUGGAGGACAUUGUAGCAUCUUUCGUUCCAAAGUUAACGUACUCGGUUCACCGUGCGUCUCUUGUCCUUGGAGCCUCGUCCAGGAGUGCUUACAACGCGUUGCUUACACUGUCGACCUACGCUGUGAUUUGUCGCUACCAGGGUCUCCCUUUCCGGUUCCCCGGCACGCGGUACACGUGGGAGCAUUUUUGUGACAUGUCCGAUGCCCGGGUCCUCGCGGAGCAACACGUGUGGGCGGCAGUGACGCCGCAGGCUAAAAACCAAGCCUUCAAUUGCGCCAACGGUGAUGUGUUCACUUGGAAAAGCGUGUGGAAGGUGUUGUGUGACCUGUUCGAUGUUGAGUUCGUCCCGUUCGAGGAGCAGCAUGAGAAGUUUGAUUUUGUGGGCACGAUGGCGAAGAAGGGGAAGGUUUGGGAGGAGAUAGUGGAAACGCACGGGUUGCACGAGACCAAGCUGGAGGAGAUCACGUGUGCUGCUGGGAUGUAUAAUAUUCUGCACUUCGAGUUUCAACACGUGUGUAGUAUGAAUAAGAGUAGGGAGUUCGGAUUCUUUGGCUAUGCGAACACGUUGAAAAAUAUCCGGGUUUGGGUCGAGAGAUUGAGGAAAAUGAAAAUUUUACCUUGAAUUUUUGGUUUGUUUUUGUAUGGAUCUCAAGUUUUCUGUAAGAAUGAUAAUAAACGUGUGCAUCAAAUA